UAUGGAAAUUCAGGAGGGCCAUUGGUGAACUUGGAUGGUGAAGUCAUUGGAAUGAAUACUCUGAAGGUCACAGCUGGCAUCUCUUUUGCCAUCCCCUCCGACCGGAUCCGCCACUUUCUGGAAGAAACUCACAACCGACAGGUGAAAGACAGAACCACUCCCAAGAAGAAGUAUCUGGGACUCCGCAUGGUCCCCCUUUCUUUCAAUCUCAUCCGUGAGCUGAGACGGCAUAAUCGAGAUUUUCCCAACCUGAGGUCUGGUGUCUAUGUUUAUGAAGUGAUACCAGGAACAGCUGCUGCAAGUGCUGGCCUGGAAGAUGGAGAUGUCAUCAUAGCGAUAAACGGAAAACCAGUCACCUCAACCCAUGAUGUGACAGAGGCUGUUCGAAACAACCGUACCCUGGCAGUAGUAGUGAGACGAGGAAAUGAAGACGUCAUUUUGACAGUAGCUCCAGACGAAAUCGAUUAA